AUGCCGCCUGAGGACCAGCGACGAGUCAUCAACGGUGGCACGCUAGUGAGCUGCCGUGAUGCAGUCGGCGUGAUGAGGUCGCGGGUUCGGCAGGCCAAAGAAAAAGAAGCGAUUCUGUCGGGGGCUCACCUGGCUGAGAAUGCAAGCGCCUCGCCUGGACGGCUCUCAAGGCCUGCUAGCAAAGAUGAGGUCGAGGCUUUCAUCGCCUCAAAUCGGAGAUGGAUGACCCCAGAGUCAGAAGAGAUCCUGAAGUUGAUGAACCCGCAUGAUCAGAAGCGGGUCAUCUCUGCUGGGACUCUGUCUGGCUGUCGGGAUCCUGUUGCUGUGCUGCAGACCCGGGCAAAGAGGGCUAGAGAAAUGGAGAUUGAGUUCGAGCUGAUUGCCAGCGGCAAGAAGGUCGAGCCACCAAAGCCGGCGGCGGAAACAAUGCCGAUGCCUGUCUUCUCCGCGGAGGCGGCGCACGCCUUCAUCCAUGCAGCCCCACAGGAAGUGCGGUCUGAGAAUUCUCGUUUCGCACCGCCGCCGGAAACGGAUCCGGACAGCUUUGUCACGGAAGAGCUCGAAGGUCCGCUGACCUCAGAGGUUAAAGGCAUCGGCGGUGUCAUCGAGAUGUUGCGCGCCAAGUAUGGCUGCUCGAAAGGACAGCGAUUGCGGGUCAUAG